GGGGGGCGGAGCGCAGGGCGCGCAGGCGCGGGGCGGUGCUGGGCGCGGGGCCGGGAUUUAAAGGGGCCGGAGCGGGCGGGGCGGUGGAGCCCCCCCGGACCCCUCAGAGCCCCCCAUCAUGGUGUGUGGCGGCUUCGCCUGCUCCCGCAACGCUCUCUGCGCCCUCAACGUGGUCUAUGUGCUGGUGGGGCUGCUGCUGAUCGGGGUGGCCGCCUGGGGCAAGGGCUUCGGCAUCGUCUCCAGCAUCCACCUCAUCGGCGGCGUCAUCGCCGUCGGCGUCUUCCUCCUCCUCAUCGCCAUCGUGGGGCUGGUGGGGGCCGUCCACCACCACCAGGUCAUGCUCUUCUUUUACAUGAUCAUCCUGGGCCUCGUCUUCGUCUUCCAGUUCGGCGUCUCCUGCUCCUGCCUCGCCAUCGACAGGAGCCGCCAGGAGGGGCUUUUCAGCUCGGCCUGGUCCAUCCUGAGCAACGAGACGAAGGCGGAGCUGGAGCAGCGGCUGGACUGCUGCGGGCUGCUGAACCGCAGCGCCGACCCCGCCGCCGCCCGCGCCUUCCAGGCCGACUUCCGCGCCUGUCCCGCUAAGUGCAAGACCCUCCUGGGCAAAGACCCCCGCGCCAAGUGCCUGACCUGCGGCGAGAAGAUGCUCCAGCACUCGGACGAAGCCCUGAAGAUUUUGGGGGGGGUCGGGCUCUUCUUCAGCUUCACGGAGGUCCUGGGCGUGUGGGCUGGCCAUGCGCUACCGCAACCAGAAAGACCCCCGGGCCAACCCCAGCGCCUUCCUAUAGCCGGGGGGGGGCCACGUCCCUGCUGGGGGCUGUGGGACCCCCACCCCAGCCCCCCCCACGUCUCCCUGCUGCCGAUUGGCCGCCCCCCCCCCCCCGGCCGCAUGAAGCCUCGGGCACGUGGCAGCCCCCCCCCCAGCAUGUGCGUGUCCCCCCAGGGCAGGGGGUGGCCGGUGGCAGCCCUGGGGGGAGGGGGGAGGGCUGGGGCUGGGGUGCCAGGAGCCCCCCCCCCCCCCAUCCCAGUCCAACCCCUGCCCAAACUGGUGCGUAUUGGUUAUUUAUACACUGGGAAGAGACGAGCAGCACCCAGCCCCGCCCCCACCGGCGUGUGUCCCCCCACCUCCAGCCCCCCCCCCGCCAUGUUGUUGGGGGAGGGGUGGGGGGUGCCACACACACGCCCCCCCCCCCCCCGGGGUGUCACCGUGUCCCAGUUCAAAUAAACACCCUGUGACUCCCCCGUG